AUGGCUCUAAUCAAAAUGUUCAACACUGUUGGGUUUAUCUUUUUCAUUUUACUGGUUAGUCCUCGUUUACUUGCCGCGGCCGUCUUGUCGGUUCGUGACCAAUGGAGCGAGACUCUUCAAGUUACAGGAAACAAUGAUGAAGAGCCACUACAUUUGAGCGCCCUGCUAGAUUCGGAAGACAUCGACCCAAAUUCCGUUUGUACGAGUGAAUCCUCAAAUGAUGAAUGUGUUCCACUUUUCAAGCUGGCCAGUAGUGAGGGUUAUAAAUCAUCGUCAAUCUUGAUUGAGGAACUUCGUUUGUUCGUCGACAUGGCAUACGGCGAGGACAGCCAUUCAACCUCUCACACUGCCUUUAACGAAGCAUCAAAGGUCACAGGAUUAGACCCCAACUCAGAAGGUCUCUUAGCAUUCCCAAAUGCAAGUGAUCUCCUUCAUGCUGCGCUUGAUCCGACCGAGCUCCAUUCUAGCACGUGGAAGAGACAAACCACGAGCAGUGCUAGCCUCCAAGAUUUUGCUGUGAAGCAAGCGGCCGCUGUGGUCGCCGGAGAGGUCUCACGCUUGAAAGGGGUGCUCUCUCUCCCAGCUAGGCUUGUAGGGGGAAUAGCCGAUUGCAAUUCCAUCUCUCGCUCAGCGGUAGAUAGUUGCAAGAAAGGCGUGAAAGUACAGGUUGCAUUUUGCAAACAAAAGCAGAAAGAUACGAUUGCAACAUGCAAAAAAGAUAUUGCAAAAAAGGUGGAUGAAUGCAAACGACGGGUCAGAGACCGCGUAGCAACCUGCAAGGAUAAUGCAAACAAAGCUGUAUCCAACUGCCUCGCUGAAGUGGGACGGACAAUCGACAAAUGCAAGAAAAAAGCCAAGGAUCCCUUUAGUAAGGGGGCUUGUGAAGCGAAACGGCCAGGGCUCAAAGCAGGAUGCGUGUUAGGAAAACUCAAUGUUCCCAAGUGUGAGUUUGGUGGAGCACAGAGCGCGGCUUGUGAGGUGAGUCGCGGCACCAUCAACGCGAAAUGUGAGUUCGAUCGGAUCAACAUUCCUCUCUGUGAAUUUGAUCGUCUUACAGCUGGGUGCUGCGAGGGUGCGAGAGCUUCAGCCCAAGCAAAUUGCCAGGCAGGACUUUCUAAGGAAAGGGUCCAAGAGAAGAUGGACGCCAUUCAACAAAAAUGCGCGAUUUUGACGGCAAUCGCUAAAGCUGCCACUAAGUCCUACCUCACAGGGCAAAGUAUCGCCUUUUUGGGUCAAUUAAGCGCCGUUAAAGAGAUUGGACAAGGCAUUCAGAUGGUUGACAAGCUCCAAAAAACUCAAAAGCAAUUCGAAUCUAUUGCAAAUGGAGUGACGGCUGUGGCUGAGGGUCGGAUCAAUGAUGCGAACUCACUUCUCUCUUCCUUGAAGGGACUUCCUGCUCCAAUCAGCACUGCUCAAGCCUGGGCAAACACUGCACAGGCAGUAAUCAAUGGAAAGGCGGACGCUGCUUUAGGUUCUGCCAUUGGAGCCGUGGCCGAAUUGCAGGCUAUUCAGAAAGCAGUCGCCACGAUUGAGAAACUUAAAGGAGUUCAAAAGAAUCUGCAGGAGAUCAAAAAGGCAGCAGAGAAAUGUGCCCUGGCGCCCAAGUUCACACCGGCCAAUUUCCCUGCUUUCCGAAAUCUCAAACAGCGGACCGAUAUCAACAAAGCCAUGGUGGAAUAUCGAAAGUUUGUGGAGGUACCUGUGAAACAGCUAGCCGAGUGCAAGGCAGUCGGAGAACGAAUCAAUCGCUUGAUGAAAAUGAACUUCUGA